AUUACCAAAAAAGCCCGAAACGCGGGUGAAGUGUCGCGCGCGUGUCAGUGUGCGGGGAAGCGGCGCGCGGUGCGGGGGUGCAUGCGGGAGAUCUGUGGCUGCCGCAGUGGCGAGUCUAUAGACUAAUAAAAAAAAAACAAAAAAAACACGGGAUCGCAGUGCUGGACUUUUCAAGUGCGCAAGAAUCUAUACGGAGGGUCUUCACACGCUGACACACACACACACACACACACACACACACACACACACAGUACGCAGUGUUGAGCAUGGGAACAUGUACAGAACUUCCAGAAGCACAGCUCUGAAGGGUCCAAGAUGACGGAAAUGGGGCGUAAAAACCAGCAAUUGUUCACCAGCAACUUAGGGAGCACCGCAGUGGUUCAAUCUGACCAGAAGUUGUACAAAUCUGAGAUCAUAACUGGACGUCCUUUUCACGUGUAAAAAGGCAACUGAGACGUCCAGCUUCCAUCAAAUCUGAUUUGACUAUUCUUCUGAAGGAACAGUCCAGAUCAGCUCAAUUGCUGAAAAGCGUUAAAGUGGACGUUACAGGUGUGACAGGAUUGCAAAAGUAAAGUAGCUUUCUGUAAAUUUUCUUCUCUCAGAGGGUGAACCUGUGCUAUCACCUGUAUGAACCAUGAAGGAAACACACAUGACAAGUUCAGCUCAGUCAAGUGGAAGUGUUAGAGGUGUAGUGACCAGUGCCUUACUCUGGUGGACCAUGGCUGUUUUCUUUUUUUCAUUUUCACAGAUGCCAGUGGCCCAAGCUGAUUGUUGGCUAAUUGAAGGGGAGAAAGGUUUUGUGUGGCUGGCAAUCUGCAGCCAGAACCAGCCACCAUAUGAAGCAAUUCCACUACAUAUCAACAGCACUAUUGUUGACCUACGACUCAAUGAAAACAAGAUUCGGAGCAUCCAUUUUUCUGCUCUAAGCCGCUUCAGCAACCUCACCUACCUGAACUUGACCAAGAAUGACAUCUCCUACAUAGAAGAUGGGGCUUUCUCUGCUCAGUUCAAUUUGCAAGUGCUGCAAAUUGGUUUUAACAAGCUAAGGAACUUAACGGAGGGUAUGCUGCGAGGCUUGGGGCGUCUGCAGUACCUCUACCUUCAAGCUAACCUGAUUGAGACUGUCUCACCUAAUGCUUUCUGGGAGUGUCCUGCUAUUGAGAAUAUUGAUCUCUCCAUGAACAGGAUUCAGCAGUUGGAUGGAAAUACGUUUCGUGGCUUAUCAAAGCUAACAACAUGCGAGCUCUACUCAAACCCGUUCACAUGCUCCUGCGAGCUACUUGGAUUCCUGCGCUGGUUAGUAGCAUUCCCUAACAGGACAAGCGAGAGGAUGGUAUGCGAUACACCAGCUGGCUUUUCUGGCUACAGCCUCUUAAGCCAAAAUCCAGGGAUGCCAACAUACCGGAAUGCUUUCCACGCUCUCUCUACUGUCUGCACGGAUGACAAUGUGACCCCAUACCUGCUUGGAUCUUCAGACGGAGGCACCCCCACAAUCCUGCCAGAUCUGAGCCCUUGUGGAUUGGAAGACUGCCCUUCAGGGACACCUCCAGAUGAGCUUAUCAGCAUCAGCCCAACGUAUUUCGACCCAGACGCCCGCCCAAUCAUGAAGCUUAAAGAGGUGACACACACAAGUGCAGUUAUCACAAUCCAAAUACCAAACCCUUUCCGAAAGAUGUAUAUUCUGGUCCUUUACAACAACAGCUUUUUUACAGAUAUACAGAACCUAAAAAGCCAAAGGGAAGACAUUGAGUUGCUCAACCUUAAAUCCCAUACAAACUAUACAUACUGUGUGGCCUCCAUACGCAAUUCUCUAAGAUAUAACCAUACAUGCUUGACUAUCUCCACUGUUACAAGGACGAUGAAAGAGCAUGUUCCAAAUGAGUCAACAGCGACUCACUAUAUCAUGACCAUAUUGGGUUGCUUCUUUGGAAUGGUCAUUAUAUUGGGCGUGGUGUAUCAUUGCCUGAGAAAACGUAAGCAAGAAGAUGAAUCAAAGAGCAAGAAGCUUGAGAAGAUGAAAAGGAAUUUGAUAGAGAUGAAAUAUGGGGCUGAACUGGAAGGUGGGACUAUCUCUCAGCUAUCACAGAAGCAAAUGAUGUCCACUGUCGAGCCCAUUCAGAGGAUGCCGUAUUUACCAGCUGCGAGUGAGAAAGACCCAUAUAAGGUACAGGAACUGUCCGGAACACCCAAAACAACAAAAGGGAAUUAUAUAGAAGUAAGGUCAGACCAGUCAGAUCGCAUUGAAUGCAGCAUUCCACCAUCUGAGAACAGCCAAGGAUCUGUAGCAGAAAUAUCCACAAUAGCCAAGGAAGUGGAUAAAGUGAAUCAGAUUAUCAACAAUUGCAUCGAUGCACUUAAAUCUGAAUCAGCAUCCUUCCAGGCCGUAAAAUCUGGAGCCGUUUCAACUGCUGAGCCUCAGUUGGUUCUUAUAUCUGAGCACCCACCAGGCAAGUCCGGUCUUCUAUCACCAGUGUAUAAAGGAGGUUACCACCACCCGCUACAGAGGCAUCAUAGUAUGGAAGCACCACUUAAGCGUGCCAGCACAUCAUCAAGUGGGUCUUUGCGCAGCCCUAGAUCUUUCCGUUCGGAUGGUGCCUAUCGAUCAGAGUCCAAGUACAUUGAGAAAACUUCUCUGGAUGAGUCCGGGAUCUUGACAGUCGCCCCAACUUCUGCGAUGCUGAAGUCAGAGGCAGAGAGAAUGCGACACUACACGGAGCACCGGCACUCGUACCCCGGCCCGCACCACAUGGAGGAGCAAUUGGAGGUUUCUGCAAGCCGGAAGUCAUCCAUCUUGGAGCCGCUAACACGUUCUCGGCCGCAUGACCUGUCUUAUUCACAGCUUUCGCCACAGUACCACAACCUCAGUGGUUACUCCAGCCCAGAGUACACCUGCCGGCCAUCGCUUAGUCUAUGGGAACGGUUCAAACUCCACCGCAAACGCCACAGGGAUGAAGAGGAGUACAUGGCUGCUGGUCACGCAUUACGGCGAAAAGUACAGUUUGCUAAAGAUGAGGACCUCCAUGACAUCCUCGACUACUGGAAGGGUGUGUCUGCCCAGCAGAAAUUAUGAUUGCUUAUUUUAUUUUAGUGUUUAUUUAAAAAGUGGCUAAAUAAACCACACUUCACUCUCUGGACCAAAUAAAGCCAGUCUUCAUUAAAGCUGCAGUAAGUAACUUCCUGUGAGUUAGGGAUUUGGAUUUAGCCAUCGCUGGUAGAAAAAUGUCACUUCAAGCAACUCUCAUUUAAACAAUAUUCAAGUGCUCAGUCGAAUUGGCUAACUGGAUAAUUAGCGAAGAAGACGAUAUCAAGUUAACAUGGUAGAAUUGCAAUAUGAACAAGAAUACUAGCCAGCUAGUUAGCUAGGUUUGCAAAAAGAAAACACCAUUAGUGAACUAGCCAACUGGGUAAUAUGGGUGAAAUUAUGGAGCUCUCUUGACCUUUAAAAAGCCAAGCGAAUAUUCAUCCUUGUUUUGGAAAUUCUAGCUAAUAUUACCUGGUUGCGAUGUGUGUUUUAGCGAGCUAGCUGCACUACUUUUGCUAUUACUGGCUAUUUGAUUGAGGCUAGCAUAAUCUUUGUAUUUUAUCAUCUUUUAAUACCCAAAAUCUCUGAUAUGGAAUUUUAGCAGAGAAUGAGUUGCAGCAGUGCAAGAACACCAAGUUUUAGUGUGUUUUUUUUCUGUACUGACUCUCUAAUACAAAACAAAAAGUUACAUACUGCAGCUUUAAAUAGAAACUCACUCAUUUUUUGGAGUUAGAGUAGCUUAGAUAUAAUGAAAUCACUAGCUAUUUUUGCUAUUUGACAAUAAAACAUGACACAUUAGAUCUUACGGGGAGGUAUAAAAAGUAAUAGAUGACUUUUAACAGUAUUAACCUCAAAUUAAAUCAUUUUUAUAUAUCAGUAAUUAUAAAAGUAAUUAUAGGGUAUUAUAUAUUGUCUAAUUCUUAUUACUAUCAUUAUUAUUAUCGCAAUCAUCAUCGUCACUGUCAUCUCAUCAUUACUAUUAUUAUUAUUAAGGUUAUUCUUACUGAUUACUAUAAUUAAUCUUUGGUUAUCGCAUGGCCGUGUCCUGUGACAGUAUAUUGACUGUUGUGCACUCGGAACAAAGAACUUAAUCAAAAUGUCUGCCGAAUACUGUUUCACGUAAGAGUUCCAAGAAAAACGAAAAACAAAAACAAAACUGUGCUACUUUUUUUUCCAACGGUUCAAAAGGACUGCUACAGAGUUCUCCAUCUUUUCAAGGGAAUCUGUAUCGAAAAAAAAAAAAGUUAGACAUUUGCCACAGAAGCACACGUGUUGGCUUUUACAACAAAACAACAACUUUAAAAAGAAAACACAGCUUCUGUUCACGCUCUUUUUGUAAAGUUUGUGUUCAAAUCUGCAAUGAAUGUCUUGAGUCCUUAAGGAUUGCACUGUUCAACUGCACAAAAAUACAGAAACACACACACACACACACACUCACUCACACACUCCAAUGUCUUUCCCAUGUCAGAAUACACAAUACAGAAACACACACACACACACACACACAGAGAGAACACACAUAGAAGAAUGUAUGUAGAAUGACUUCUAGCAUUUUCUAACUUCGUCUCAGUACCACGUCUAUUUUUCUGUAAUGUUUUAUCCGUCUUUGACUAAUCACAGCCAUAAAUUCUUUUUUUAAAGCCCUGAUUAUCUUCUCCGCGUAGCGACGACGCCAACGUGCCAGUUCUGUGCCAAUGCGCUGAACAGCUACGACCUUCAGAUCAAGUUCAUGUAAAAUCCCCUUACAGAAAAAUCACCUCUGUUUCACGUGCGUGAAAGUGCAUUUCAACACGUUACGCACUGAAAUCUCGUAAACACGUGACAAAAAAAAAUGACCAUGAACCAUGUUUUUAAAAAUCCCAUCUGAAAAUAAAUGACUCAUGCAAAUACAGUCAUGUGGGGAAAUGAAUCAGGUGAAAAUGAAUGAAUCAUUUAAAAAAAUAAUAUGGAAAAAAUUGAAUCACAAAAAUAAAUAAAUCGUGUUAAAAAUCACAUGUAGAAAUAAACAAAUUGUGAAAAAUAAAUGAAUCAUUUUUUAAAAUCCACAAGAAAAACGAAUAAUAUAUAAAGAAUCACAUGAAAAUAAAUGAAUCAUUUGGGGGAAAAUCACGUGUAUGUAAUAAACUGUGAUAAUAAUAAAUUAUGUACAAGAAAAUCAGAUGUGGAAAUAAAUGAAUCGUUAAAAUUCACAUUAGGAAAUAAGGGUGAAAAAAUUAAAGAAUUGAAAUAUUAAAAAUUUUAAUUUAAUUUAAAAAAAUACAAAAAUGAAUCAAGUGAAAAAAAAAGAAUCAUGUUAAGAAUUACAUCCUUUAAUAAGACAUUACAUGUAAAAAUAAAUAAUUCAUGUAGAGAAAAAAAUCACAUGAAUCUAAAUGAACCGUGUAGAGAAUGAAUCCUGUGAGAAACGUAAACACGUGCAGUACGAGUGAAGUUCGGUGACUUUUCUGUAAGGGUCAGCGCUGUAAAGAUGAACAGAAUGGUUUUUCUCCUUCAGCUGUUGCAGCAGCUCUAAAGUGCUGAGCGCGGUAAGUCUCUAACUGAGCAAUCUUUCUUCACAGACAGUAACGCUGAUAGACCAUUUAGACUCCUCCGCUGGAAACGUGUUAUAAAUUCUGCAGCGUACUCACUACAAAAUGGCGACUGCGUUACACACUCACAGGCCACAGGGCUCGGCUCGGCUCGGCUCGGCUCGGCUCGGCCGUAACGCUCAUCUGUGCUCAAGCGCAAUGCUGCAGAAUGAAGCUACACGAUAAGCUUCAUCAUUUAACAGGUGUGGCUCAUUUAUUAGAGGGAAAAAAUUAUUAGAUUUAUUACAUUUAUUAUUGUUGUUUAUUAGAGUAUGAAAAAAUAUAAAAGGUCUGCAGUCUUUAAGCAUAUUAUUCAGUAUCUAAUAUGAAUUAUUCAGUAACUACACUGAGAAUAAUAGUAAAUAUGCCGCAUAUCGUUAAAACAUUCGGAAAUAUUUGCGGUAGAGUUAGCUGGUUAGUUAAGACGAGACACUACGCGUAGACGUUGAUGAUUUUGGUCAAGAAAUUUUCCAAUUUUUGGAUAAAUCGCAUCUCUGACACGUCUCUAUGAUGUUUGUUCCUCUGCAUUAUGUGAAACUUUUAACAGACUUUAAGCUCCGCCCACUUCACUAUGACAUCAUGUCAGAUAUCCCUGAAAAGCUUGUUUCCUGACAUAUCUGUCACUUUAUAUAUCAUAUAAACCACACUAACUAGAGUUAACGUUAAAAUGCUUUCUAUUUUUACAUUUUAUUGCAGAGGAAAUGUUCAUCAUUGUUGGAUUUUCAUUUACAAUUUUAUACUAAAAGAACAGUAUGCGGUGUUUUCGUGAUUAAACAAUAAAAAAGACAAGCCAAAGUCUUCCUACGUAGUGUCCCAGAGAAAGAGCAUUUUAAUUCUAAUAACAUCCAAAGACGAGAUGUCUGAUUUUAUUAAAUAUGCAAAUUUACAUAUAUGUAAUUAGAUGAAGCCUCAUUUGCAUAAAUAAAUGUACAAUAAAAAGAUCCAGGAAAGAUUAUUUGAAAUAUACAGUAUGUUGUGUUUUUAAAAAACGUCCCCAGUCACCUGUAGUGUCUCGCCUUAAGUGACAAACUAAAUAAACUUUCUCUAAAAACACAGACACAGUGAAAUAUCUAUUAUUUCAUUAUUAUUCGUUUGAAAAAAAGGAGGGUUUCUUUAUUUAUUUUAUUUAAAUGAAGCUGAAAUCUCUUCCAAUUUGAAAGAGGUUUCCGUUUGUGUGACAGAAUUUAACACUGAAAACUUUAAUAAAUGUAAUUAAGUUUGACUUGAUGCUAGCUUAUUGUUUAUUAAUUAUUUAGCACCUGUGUGUGUGGAGGUCUGGGAAAACCCAUCGGAAGUGAGAGAAUUCGGGAAAACGAGGCAGAGCGUCGUUUCUCAAUGGAAUGAAAUCUUUAAAUGUGAUUCUGUUCCUUUCUUAGAAAUUGACUUCUAGUUGAGAAACACGCAAAACAGAAACAGUUCAGGAAAAUCUGUUCUUUAUAGAGUAGAAGAUGUUGGAAUUUGAGCGUGUGAAGGGUUUUCCAGGCCGCUACAUCCAGCUUUCCUGUUAGUUUCAUUUCUAUAAUUCAGUGUAGGAACUGAGUAAUACGUUUUAAGGUACAUAAGCGAAUAAUAAGCUGAAAGAUGAAGAGGUUUAUUUCAUCAGGAAGCUCAGGUGGGUUAUACACACGUUCAGACUCGAGCAGUUUAUAGAGAAACAUGAAUCUGGUAAUAAUUAUGUUAAUGGAAAUGAUUACGAUCACUUUAUGAUAAUUGCUGUAGGAUUUGAAAGGUCAGAGGUCACCACUGAUUACAGCUCUGACAUUAACGCUAAACUCCACCCACAAUAUUCACACGCGCAUAUUAGUCUUUAGAAUUAAGGAUUUAUCAGUAACGUCCAACAUGUAUUUUAGAAUCAAAUCAACAUGGUGGUAUGUUUUCACAGUUUCCUACAUUACCCACAAUGCCGUUCUGCUAGAGGUGCAGUGGGGUUUCACCCUCGCUUCAUCUCUAUCUAAAGAGAGCGAUGAUGCAGCGGCGCUUUAGUGCUUUAGUCCGUCCAGCUCUCUCUCCUCCUCGUCUGUUCACUCUGCUCAAACACAAACGCCGUAUAUGCCGUCGCGCUCAUCAUCUCGUACAUCGCUAACUCGGCGUCGUAUAGCUGCAUUGCAUUCUGGGAGUUUGAGUCAAGCGUUUGCUCCACUCGAAACGUGAUUGGAUUUUCUCAUAUUAAACUCCAGUGUAACUGUGAUAACAAUAACAAUAACAAUAAUAACAACAGUAACAAUAACAAUAACAAUAACAGUGUCCCCCUGUGACAUCAGAGAAACACACAACUGCUAACUUCUCACAGGAAUAAGGACAGUACAACACCAACCCACACAUUCUCACCAGUCACUAAACACAUCACCAGACUUCAGUAUAAACCGAUUUAAUGUGUUUCAGGAUGGAGUUUAACUUUAAAUCAGAUUUUUACUAAAUCACGCUGACUGAAAUGUUCAGUUCGUUUGUGUUUUGUCUUUUGUAACGGUUCAGAGCAUUCAGGUGAUGACUGUAACAAAUGUCGCAUGUCAUUGUUUAAUCCCUCUAAAUGUCAUGAUACAAACACAGAAUGUUCUCAUUUCUACAAUUAUCCAGAGGAUUGCAGUUUAAUCAGGUUCAUUUCUCUUCAAAAAUAUCUGUGAAGGUGUGAUCACAUUGUCAUCGUGUCAUGGGUGGCAGGCCUUAUAACUGUGACGCUUUUUUAUCUCUAGUCUGUAUUGUGCAGGCCUCGACCUCUGGGCCUUAAUAUUAAUAUGAAGGAUAUUUCUACGCUUUAGAGCUAAACUUGGGUCAUUAAAAAUGUGCUAACAUCCAUUUAUAAAAAAAAAAAAAGAUCUCUGGGAAAAGACUACAGCAUGGAGGAACAUUUCAGUGGAAGUGUGUGGAGAAUGUUACGAGAUUUUUCCAUACAGCCUUAAAAACAAUGUAAGCUUUGUUUUUUUUCUUUUCUAUUGAUGUAGCUAAUCAAUGUAAACCUUACACCACUGAAAAACUUCUAACUGAGAAAAACAAAGGUUUCUCGCUUCAUCUCUUCAUUUGUACGUAAUCUUCCUGCUUUGUAACGCUCUAACUGCGACCUGUAGCACUACUGAGUUAUCAUGGACAUUUUACAGGACGAUGAAGACGUGGAAGUGGAUUACGAAAAGCCUGGACUGCGUUGUAAUGAUUUGCUUGUAAAAUGGUUCUGGUGGAUCCCAAAGGGCUUUUUGGUCUGAUGGAAAUUUCAAUGAGCACAAUAAAAAAAAUCUGUUUAUUUCUUAGUUAAUAAAAUGGUGGGCUUUUUUUUUUUUUUUUUUUUUUAGUCACACUUUGAUGAUUUGAAAAUUAUGUGAAUUAAAUUAUUUUGCAUUUUGGAGUCGGUUUGCUGUUCAGCACGCGUUAGUGCCGAUGUUUCUCCAUCUCGCUCCUGAAGUACCCUUACAAGCUUUAUAAAUUCCUGUAGGACGCUAUUAAUGAGCUGAUGACUCAGGUAGAUACUCGAGACUUAAGAGCAGGGAACUUAACGACCAUCCAACUAGUCACUCAGGAUUUAUUCCCUUUUUGCCCGGCUGUGUUAGAAGUGGAAUAAAGUAAUCAAAGUGCCAAUGUUUUAAACUUUUGAAAUGAAAAAUAAGGAAAGAUCAGAGUGACUUUGACCAUGUGUGAAAAGGAAAUCAGAACCUCGGAACAUGAAGUCACACCAAACAGCUAUUUAAUUUUUGAGUUAGCACGACGUUCGUGUGACAACUUACCCCGCUCUCCCCUACAUCACUGGGUCCUCCUGUGUACAGUUUUAUAUAAAAUAAAAUCCUUCUCUGGUCAAACGUUAGAAAGCUGACAGCUUUACAGAACGAUCUCUCUGUAAAGAGCAGCAGGUUCUCAGUCACUCAGUGGAGGACGGAAACACACCCCGACUGAGGCGAUAUAUCAGUUUCAGGACUUUGCACAAGAGCUCCAGUUAGAGCAGCAGCCAGCUCUGAUUAAAAUGCGUGAAAGAGUUUAAUCUGCCUUUGUCUUUAAACAGAUGAAUUCUGGAUUGAUUUUUGCAGGAAGAGAAGUCUGGUAUUGAUCUGUGUGUGGAAUGCAGUCUGAAAACUCACAGUGUUACUUUACUGAGGCUGUGAGUCUUCCUGACCUCAGUCUAAUCGAGCAGACUGAUGAAGAUGCACUGAUUUUACUCCAGCUGCACUUACAUGCAGCGUAACAACCUGCUAAUAAUCUGCCUGAAUGUGCAUUAGGAAUAAAAUAAAUGGUCAUACAUACACAUCAUUCAGAACAGGGGAAACUUUCUACUGAAGUGAAUUUAAUCAUUUUUGUGUCAUGAUUAUCAGAGAGUGUGUAUGUAAUGUUCACGUUACACGUCUUCAGCGAUUUAAUGAUAACUGUGAGGUUAGAUAAGUGAUGAGAUGGGAAUUAAAUGCACCGUUUAACACACAGUAAAGUUAGCUCAAUGUGUGAUAUUCAGCCGACAUUCAGCGAGAACGAUACUGUUAAAAAGAAGUGAGAAAAGAGUAAUAAUAAAAUUCUUCAAAAACAAUCAUAAAUCAGACUUUCACUUAGAUUCCCCAACAACAGGACAAUUUACACUCAUUUACACACACAGGCUAACAUUUACUAACGUGACCUUAUCAAACAGCCAAGGUGACUGAUACACACACACGCAC